CCGUCCACAGAAGAGUCGAAACACAGCCUCCUGAAGCCACUCACCACGAAGGAUUUGAAGCUUACUUAUAGUGAGGUCUUUGUAUGCUGUAAUUACAUAUCACCAUAUCUAUAUACUAUUAAAAAAGCAACCGGUACACUCACAAACAAAAGUCACAUAAUAAAUUCCCACUAAUGAACGAACAAUUGAUUGAAUGCAGGAAUGUUCAGCUGUGCCUAAUAGGAAACGGGCUCGCGAGCGCUCACCACAAUAAACAAUAUAAUCUGAUAUUUAUUCGCAAACACCAUUCCCGCCCUAAUUUAGUUCAAAAUAAGGUCUAAACUUUCAUAACGCCCAACAGCAUUGUUAUUCUGUGACAGUUUUUAUGGUCACGUUUCGACCACAGUCCAUCUAACAGUUCGGUCAUUCGAUUUGUAUUCUGUGCACGAAUGUACUUACAAAUUUAUACAAGCAUCCACUGUUGUCAUACUUUUCGAAAUCAGACUUUGUUCUCAGGACAUAAGAUUUAUAAUAAACUUUAAUAGUCUCAAUUUAAGUUAGACGGUCACGACCAAACCAGAAUUGCAUUUGCGCUUCCAUCAACAGUGAUAUACUAAUAUAAACUUUAUUUUGUUAUCGUUAAAGACUAUUUACAUUUUUUAUACUACAACACAAGACCGACUCGGUCAACUUUGAACUAAAUAAGGACCAGGACAUUAAGAAGGUGCUAUGUCACUUUUUAUUGCUGGUCCGUUAUUGUUUUUCAGCAGGUUAAUUUAAACUUUAUGUUAAUAAUAUAGGGCCCACUAUUGCACAAAAUGAGGUUAAGAAAUCUAGAAUAGAUAGAUGAUAUCUGGAUGGUAUGAAAAGUACUGUUUUAAAAUUUAUUGGAUAUCAUUUCGAUCUUACUUUUAUAAUGCAUAGGUACCUUAGGUACUCCAGGAUAAUUUUAGUUAUUUAAAUUUUUAUUUUCAAUACUAGUAAAACCUUUUUACACAUAUUUCAAUUAAUCACCUAACGUCAAUAAUUUCUGUACUUGUCAUACUCCGAGGCAAUAUAUAAAACAGAAAAUAACCAGAUGGACAUCAAGCCAUACAAUUGGUUGAACGAAGCGCAUAUUUAUAAUAAAAAUAACACAAGAAUUGACAUAGAAUGGCUUGCAGAGAACGCUGACGCAAUAGUUCUCCUUUUCACAUCCUACGGGGUAGACAAGGAUGGCAUAUUACAGAAAUUCUAUACCAUAUAUGAAAAUGUUAAGUUCAUUAAUAUGCCUAUAGAAGUGAUUUAUGUUCCAAUGGAUGAAAGGGAGGAAGAUAUGAUGAGCUGUUAUGAAAGACAGGCGAAUUGGUUUACCCUUAAGAUUUAUGAUCCCCUGAUACAAGUGCUUAAGCAUAUGUAUGGCGUAACAUGUACUCCAUACUUGAUAGUGAUAAGACCUGAUGGGCUGACAGUUUCAACAACGGGUAUCCGAGACUUGGAAGAAUAUGGAAAAAAUGCCCUCAUAACCUGGCUCUCAAAUCCUGCUCGCAAGACCAAAGAUAGAAAACUAAGUAAGGAGACCUUUAUAUAUGGUAAAGAUUGGAAAUACAUGGGUGCAGAUGAUAAGGGAAAGAGGCAGGAGUAUCAUAGACGGUUCAGUGUUGUUGAAGAAUCUUCUUCCUAAUUAUGCUCUCCUGGUACUCAUAGGACGUAAUAAAGUUUUUUUUUUAAGAAAAAAGCUUUCUGUUCAAAAAUCUAUUUAAUAAAUGUCAUAUUGUACUUACUGAACUAUUUAAUGAAUGUAUUUAGUUCGUAAUAAAUUGAUGCUUAAUUUAUACAACACGUGUUUUAAAUCCAAGAUAAUAUUAAGAUUUUAAUAUGCAAGACAACAUAACAUAAUA